AUGGUGUCACAGAGCAGUUUUGCACUAAUGCUCGGACUCUUUGUGGGACUCUUUAUGAUCAUGGGCGGCAAGCACGCGCAAUUGCACACGCAUUUAACGCUGGACAAUAGUCUCUUCUUUAAUGUAUUGCUGCCACCGAUUAUCUAUGAAGGAGGGUUCUCAAUCAAACGGCAGGCAUUCUUUCGCAACUUUCCAGCUAUUAUGAGCACAGCUGUCAUUGGCACCGUCGUCGCUGCGACCAUUACGGGUGGCAUUCUAUACCUCGCUGGCGAGUCGGAGGUAGUAACAAGACUUUCAUGGGUGGAAGCUCUGCUGUUUGGAACGUUGAUUAAUGCUGUGGACCCGGUUGCUACGCUGUCGUGCUUUAAUAAAUUGCACGUUCCGCCACUGCUGUUCAAUCUUGUUUUUGGAGAAAGCGUGAUCAAUAAUGCAGUUGCCAUUGGAUUGUACCAGACGCUACAUAGAUGGAAUGUUGGCACUGACUUGAGUUGGAAACAAUUGGUUCGAGUCUUUGUCAACACGAGUGGGAUGUUUGUGGGCUCGCUGCUUGUGAGUGCGACGAUCACUCUUAGCGGCGCUUUCCUACUCAAGCGCAAAGCUUUCUCGACCCUGCACUUCUUCCCCAGUUACGAGAUAUGCCUGUGCUUGAUUUUUAGUCUGCUGACGUAUUAUGUGGCCAAUAGUUUAAAGUUAAGUGGAAUUGUUGCGCUGUUUUUCUCGGGAACCAUGACAGCGCAUUAUCAUUUCAACACGCUAUCACGUGAAGCUCGACAUGCAUUUACUCAUUUACUACACAUGUUGUCCUUUGUGAGUGAAAAUGUCGUGUAUGUAUUCAUGGGCACGUCGGUGGUCAUGAUCUUUUCGGGACAUCAAGAGUGGAAAUCUGGUAAUACUCUUCGCGUGGACGACAUUGACUGGCAAUUCAUCGGUCUUACCCUUGUGUCGUGUAUCGUGUCGCGCUUUUUCAACAUAUUCCCGCUCUUGUGGCUUUCCAAUUGCUCGCGAAAUUCUUGCGAUCGUAUUCCAAACAAGUACAUUAGUGUAAUGUGGCUUGUUGCUCUUCGUGGAUCCAUCGCGUUCGCGCUCGCCAAGCACUGGAACUACAUUGGUCGCUACGGUUCUCACCGACGACUUGUGGAAUCUACCACUCUGAUCGUAGUACUCUUUACGACAAUUGUAAUUGGCGGAAUAACGGGGCCGAUCCUCUUUAAACUGCACCUCACUGGCCAUCACAGUGCACUGAGGCAAUCAGAACCUGAGCCGAACGCUGGACGUGACUCUAUCUCAGACGAAGAUCGUUCACGAGCGCUGCAACGCAGCACCGGCCAUUUUAUGCUUCGUCGAAAUUCUAGAGCUACAGAGCUGCACGAAACACAGACAUCUACUGAAGGCACAACGGGAGAAGAAACAGUGGUGAACGAAGAUCCUGUAUUCACAUCGCGACCACAAUUUCGAGACGAGGAUUACAGCGAUGACGAGGAAGGAGAGCGCAAUGCAGGCUCGCCGACCCAACGCAGUAAAACUCUGACUGGUGUGUUUAUCCGUAACUGGCAGGCCUUCGAUAUCGCGUACAUGCAGCCGAUAUUCGGUGGUUUCCAGACUUCUGCGACUUCGGAUGCACGAGUUGACGAGACAAUCGAUUCUUGCGAACUGGAGGGUGACAAGACACAAGCAAUAAUCUGA